CGCGUCCUCUACAGCAGCCACAGUGCCAAGUGGAGCUUCAAUGACAUUCGCUUUAGUUCAACUUUGCUGGGUGCCAUCAAGGAGGCGAGAUAUGACGUGUCGCCAACACGCAACAUAAUCGUCUUCAACAAUGGAUGUUGGGCGGAGGGAAGCUGUUGCCAGGUAGGGCAUGGAGGGGUGCUGGAUAUCGGAUGUAUUCGGAUGUAUUUCUCUCCUUUUUCAGGAAUUCGUAGUACCCAGAGUAUGCGGAACCAGCUACGGAGAUCACCGGGCAGAUAUCGUUUCAUCCUGCCAGAGGCUUCCGGGAUCCAAAUAUUUGAUCUUCUAUGCGUCUCCACGUUUGAUUGACGUCUCAGCCUCCAAGGGGUGAGUGAUCAGUCAGUCAGAUAAAAGAAAGCAAGUGCAUUAAACACUCCCUACACAAACAUAACGAUGCAUCCCUACUGUCACACAUGCACUCCACUCACGUUACCUUACCCCUUACUGCCUGUGUCCUGGAUCCUCAUCAUCAGGGAAACCAACAAGGUUUGUCCCGACACUGGGAACAGUCUCCGCGCCUGGCGGUAUUCGACGAGCUACUCUGGCGUCCGUGCUCUCAAUCUCGUCUGUCAGGACCCAGCCGUUUGUACAAAGUUGCCUGUUUUGCCAUUUUCAGAGUGUCCUGUAGGAAGGUGCUAUGGUAAGGACAUGGUCUGGUAACGAUUCUAGAAGCGCACGAAUAUGCGUGGUUGGUUUCGCUUUGGGGUUUCCGCGUGUGUUUUUCUUUUCUUUUCUUCCGCGGUUUGGGGCUUGGAAUCUACACGGCAUGCAAGGAAAAGGCGAUGGAAUAAGAAGAGAGAUUGCAUGUGAAACACAACACCAAGUAGAACGGACAACUCACUUUGGCCAAAGGCCGCUACAACAAUAUAACAGACGGCUACAUCAACAAUCCUCUCACUAUCCCCCUUCUCCCCUUCCGCCUCUUCUUCUUUCUGCU